AUGAUGCGACCCGCUUUCCAGAUGGCGGCUAUCCCGCGGCGGGCGGUACCGGCAGCGAGGCAGAACGCCUGGGAAGCAGCAUGGAAGAAUCAACUUAGUGCCCCGGGGAGGUCCCUCGUGACGCCCACCCAGCGAUCACUGAGUCAACGAGCUACCUCAGCGCAGUCGGCGUCUCGAUGGUUCCAAAAGUACCGGUCGAGCUGGAUAACAUCUCGUCUGGGAACUAUGCUUCGCUCGCCGCAUCGAACCUUCCGAUUCUCGGCCCGACAGAGGAAUGUCAAAGAUGGCGGUGCACAGGAAUCGCUUUCGCUAAGCCAAAGGUUGAAGAAACUCUCGAGGGAGUACGGCUGGUCGGCUGUAGGUGUAUAUCUGGCUUUGAGCGUUCUCGACUUCCCUUUUUGCUUCCUGCUUGUUAGGAUAGUCGGCACAGACCGAAUCGGGCAACUUGAGCAUUGGGUCGUCUCCAACGUUAAGAAGAUAAUCCCUGAUUCGGUUCAGAACUGGUGGUCCGAAUCCAGGGCCGCGCUUAGCCAUGCCGAAACCAAACAACUGGGCAGCGAUGAUAUCAGUGAGGCCGUCGAAAUGGCAGGUUGGGGAGUGGAGGAGGCGGAGCGGCGCAACAAGGCGGAAGCUAGCCUAGGAACUCAGCUGGCGUUGGCCUACGCAAUCCACAAAAGUUUCAUCUUCCUCAGAGUACCUCUGACCGCGGCGGUAACGCCAAAGGUUGUCAAGGUGCUCAGAUCAUGGGGAUGGCAGAUCGGCAAGCGGCGCAGCAAAUAA